AUGCCUAGCCGCGAAGAAGAAGCCAUCAACCAGGCCCGCCAAAAGGCUUUAGGCUUCAAUAUCAUUUUAGUUACGGGGGGUUCUGGGUAUAUUGGUUCCCAUACUGUAUUAGAGCUCCUCGUUGCUGGCUAUGCAGUCGUUGUCAUAGACAACCUAUCCAAUAGUCAUUGGGAAUCUUUAGUCAGAGUCCAUUGGAUUGUUCAACAAGACUUCACCAAAAGAGGACGAUCCCCUGGGGAGGUUCCCCCCCUAUUCUUUCAUGAAGUCGACAUCACCGACAGAGAAGCCAUGCAAGGAGUCUUUGAGACGUGGAAAACCGACGAGCCCGCAGCCACCGAGCGGAAACCAUUGAUUAAGUUCGCAGAGGAGAAAAUUCUCAAGAAGGAAAAGAAGAUCGUCAAGUCUGUCCCGAAAGAUAUUGGCGCACUCGCCGUUAAGCAGCAUUUCAAGUGUCAAGAGUUCAGUGCCUCUUCGACUCAAUCUCAGCUUCCAGCCGAAAGACCUACCAAGAUCAAGGUUAAUGAUGUUAUUCACUUUGCGGCCUUGAAGUCCGUUGGAGAGUCCGUCUCGCAACCUCUUAAUUAUUACCGAACAAACGUUGGUGGACUGAUUAACCUUCUUGAGUUGAUGAAACAGUAUAAUGUCAAGAAUAUCGUAUUCUCCAGCAGCGCUGUCGUCUAUGGUAAAGGCAAGGAAACAAAUAUUCGUGAGGACUCAGUCCAAGUCGGUGGUGGAGGCUCAGGUGGUGGCCUCCUCACCAACCCUUAUGGCCGCUCAAAAUGGAUGGACGAAGAGAUUCUGAACGACACUAGCGUCUCAGACCCAGAGAUGCAAGUCAUUGCUCUUCGUUACUUCAACCCAACUGGAUCUCAUCCCAGUGGUCUCAUCGGAGAAGAUCCACGAGGGACACCCAACAAUAUCAUCCCAGUGGUAAUGCAAGCCUUCCAGCGCCGCCGUAGCAAAGUUUACGUCUAUGGCUCAAACUAUGACACCCCUGACGGAACUGGUGUCCGUGACUACAUUCACGUCUUGGAUCUUGCCCGCGGUCACUUAGCAGCUCUUCGAAAGCUGACUCCCAUCAAAGCGGCGAAGGAUGCCGCACCACCGCCACCAGAAGAUGACCUCACAUCACCGAUCAGUCCAACAUUUGCCAGGAGACUCUCCAAGGCUAGCGUCAGUAGCAAAAGUAGCAUUCGUGGCACUAGCUUCUCUGUUCAACGCACCAACUACCGGUGCUACAAUUUGGGAACGGGUACAGGACACUCUGUACUUGAUAUUCUCAAAGCUUUUUCGAAUGUUUGCGGAAAUGACAUCCCAUUCGUUCUUAGCGAUGCCCGUACAGGAGAUUUGGGUACUGUCACUGCUGAUGUCAGUAAGGCAUCUUCGGAACUCGGCUGGUAUGCUGAAUUUGGUCUCCAGGACAUGUGCCGUGAUGUAUACCAAUGGGCCGUUGACAACCCUCAAGGCUAUGAGCGUCUCCGUCGUCUCUCAAUGAUGGCACAAGUAGACCCAGAUGCCGUUAGACAGAUUAUGGAAACUGUCGAAGAAGAAGACGAAGAUGGCGAAGCUGCCACAGAUACUGGUUCUGCUAGAAGCUCCGCAGACUUUGGAAACUUCAUCAGGAGAUUAAGCGUCAUGACUAUUGACGAUAGCAAAUAUAAGAAUGUAAUGAGGAAGGCUAGUGUUGCAGUUCCCCAUCUAGGUAACCUGUUGGAGGAAGAGGAAGAAGACGAGGAGAAUGAAAGCAGUCAAGGCAGCAGAAAUGGGAGCUUCAGUUGGAAUACUCCGUUCAAAAAUGACCAAGGCCAACAACUUCCUUCGAACCCACCUUUCAAUACCUCUAGUAACCUCAAGUCACCAUUUGCCGAAAAGUGGGGCUUUGGAGGGAACCUCCAACCAAAGUCGCAAGUUCAGAAUGCACAUUAG